AGGGCGCUAGCUACUAAUCAUCAUCCUGUAUUACGCUCGUACUUAAAAUAAUUAUUAAAAUUGUUUAACGCAUAUUUUUGCAACAGUUAACAAGUUUAUCCUUCGUGUUAGUCUUGAAACUUAGUGAACAGUGUAUAAAAGUGACUGAGCAUAACAAACUGUUAAAACAUUAGUGUUUGGAAAUCUGAGUGCCUGUGACUGCUUCUGGUGUUCUAUUUAGGUGGUAUCCACCAAAUUUAUUCAGUGAACGAUAAUCAACAGUGAUCAAUAUAGAACUUACGUAAUUUAAUAUUAUUUGUGUUAUCGUGGAUAAUUGAUUUGUUUAUUUUUGCAAGUCACCUAUUGAUUAGCUUAUAAGAACUUUUAUAACUACAACUAGAUGGCACUACUAGCGUCGUGCUUAGCAAAGCACCCAGCACCUUGACGUCCGAGCUCGAGAACCUUUUUAACAUUUGAGUGGUUUAAUGUGCAUCCGCUAGAUGGCGCUAUGAGUAUCUAACCAAUAGAUGUCGCUACCAUACCUUUUUACACUAUCAUUAUAAAUACGGCAAAUAUAAUAUUUUGUUACUAUUUCGCGCAAUUUUAAUCUCCACAAUCAGCAUGGAUUGUAAAGGUUGUCACAGACUAAUUAACCACGAUGAUAAUUAUCUUGCCUGCUUCCUGUGUGAGGGAAAGUUUCAUAGCGACUGUCUUAAUAUAAAACAAGAUCACUUCCUCACACUCACCAAUGAGUACCGCACCAGUUGGAGCUGCCCUACGUGUACAAACGUAACUAGACGCAAAGGAUUUAAUUUAAAUACUCCAGUGAGACAACAUCAAAUUCCGGCGUCUGAAAGCACAUUCGAUACAAUGGAUGUCUCCUGUGAAAUAUUUGACAACGAAAAACCUUGUACCAGUGAUAGAUUUAGCUUACUCAUGGAAACACUAAACCAGUGGCGUACUGACAUUAACGCUAACAUCUCAGCCAUAAGAGAUGAUAUACGUGUUAGUCUUGGUGAAAUAAAAUCCGAAAUUAAAUCUCUCAGACAGGAUCACGCUUCACUCAAAACGACGGUCAGCUCUUUGGAUGCAGAAUUGAAAUCCUUAAAAUGUUCAGUCAUAUCCCAGUCUGAAGAGCAAAGUGAUCUCACUAGACGUGUCGAUGAACUGUCAAAAACCUCAGGCGAGCAUACCAGCGCGGCUAUCUCACAAUUUGAGUUAAAGAUUGACGCAUUAGAGCAGCAAGCCAGACAAUGCAAUAUUGAAAUAUGCAACGUACCAGAGCGUCGCAACGAGAACUUGAUGGGCAUUGUUGAUGCCAUCGGCGCUGUCGUCAAGGCCCAGGUUACUCAGCGAGAUAUUGUCUCCGUCCAUCGCGUCCCACAUGCCCAACAAGGAAGUAGCCAACCAAAAAAUAUUAUUGUAAAAUUCAUGACACGGUUACAGCGAGAUAACUUUUUAAGUAGCUUCCGUAAAGUAAAGUUAUUAAAGACGGACAAACUUGGCAUACCUGGAACUCCUACGACAAUAUUUAUUAACGAACAUCUGACUUUGAAACGAAAACAGUUAUUUCGUAAAUGCCGGGAAGCCGCCAGGGAACACCACUUCAAGUAUGUGUGGAUUAAAAACGGAACAAUACUUCUGCGGGAGAAGGACGACAGUCCAGCUCUUGCGGUCCGAGGCGAAGGCGAUCUCGCGAGGAUUUUUUCAACAAAUAAUGUUCAAUCAACAUAAAAAUAUGGUUGUUCUUUCAUUUUGCUUAUUAUUAAUUUUAUUUUUAACUUUUACUUUUAUUAUUUUCCAUAAUAUAGCGCAAUAUUCAUAUAGUAAAAUUAUGUAUCUGUUUGCAGACAAUAUAUUUAAAAAAAAUUGUUCGUUAUGAAAUUUUUCUUUUUUAAAUAAUUUUACCACAGUUAUUAACUUUUGCUUUUUUUAUUAUUUAACAAUAUACAUAAGUUACCGUGUUAAAACCUCAUACUUACAAGUCAUAUGCAUGGACAUUCAUAUGCUUUUUAUAUUCAACAUUACCUGUAUAUCACUCUUGUGUAAUCUUUCUCUAAACUAUAAAUAUAACUCAAAGGCACAGCAUACCUUUUAUUUACUACUUUUUAACAUAUACGAAAAUAUUGUAGUACAAUCUGAUUAUGGAUAGCUCAGUUCAAAGUAAUAAUAAUUUGUCUAUUUACUACCAGAACUGUGGAGGUUUUCGUACUAAGCUUUACACGCUUUAUAUGAAUAUUCUAUCUAACUCUUACGAUGUCAUAAUACUCACUGAAACUUGGUUGACGCCCGACAUUGACAGUAACGAAUUCAUAGACCAACGAUAUACUGUGUUCCGACUGGACCGAGAUCGUGUUGCUACGGGUAAAAAUGAUGGUGGCGGGGUGCUAGUGGCUGUACUUCGGAGUCUCAGACCCACACUAUCAUAUUCAUCUGCCAUGGAUCCGUCCCAACCUAGUAGGAUUGAACACAUUAUAAUAGAAAUACCUAGUCUCAACAAAGCAAAAAAACAUAUGAUUAGUGCAUCAUAUAUACCGCCUCAAACCCCAACGGAUAUGUAUGAGACCCACUUUGAUAUAUUGGAGAAAAUUCUUAUAACGUCGGACAUUGAUAGCUAUUUUAUAGUAGGAGACUACAAUAUGCCCGACAUCAAAUGGACUUCAAAUUCCUUGCCUGGUUCUAUUAGUGGAGUUCCUGUUGCGUUUAAUCCUGAAGGCUCAACCGCAAAGUGUUUGCUGCUUAUUAAUCUCUUAUCAGUGCUCGAAGCCUCACAGUACAAUGGUUAUUUAAAUGAACUUGGCAGAAUCCUAGAUCUAUUUCUGUCUAAUGUUCCGACGUUUCUACAAAGUGUUAACCCCCUCUUAACAGCCCAAUCUCACCACCCCCCAUUUGUUGCCCACUGUAAUGUUAGUCACGCAGUACAAUCUUUGAAAAGACGACCCAGGACCAAAUAUAAUUUUUAUAAGGCAAAUUACGAAUUAAUUAAUUCAGCUAUUCAGAGUACUGAUUGGAAUAAUUUGCUGGGUCAUCUUCCUUCAGAAAUGGCCCUUGAAGUUUUUAUGAAUACCCUAGAUAACAUAAUAAAAGACCACACCCCACUGUCUACUUCCAAAUUCAGUUCUUAUCCCGUUUGGUUUUCUCAUAGGUUGAUCAGAUUAUGUAAAAUGAAAGAAAAAGCCUGGGUGAGGUGGAAAAAAUUUAAAAAUCAGAAGGACUACGAAUUAUUCUCACAAUGUAGAAAGGAGUUCAAAGCCAAGUGUGACGAGUGCUAUAGUAAAUACAUAAACUCAGUUGAAGAUAAUAUAAAUAAUAAUGUGAAAAGUUUUUGGACGUAUAUAACCAAUCGCAAAUCUAAAUCUAAUAUACCUUCUACAAUGCAAUACAAUAGUGCAAAAUCUAAUGACCCGGAAAUUAUAUGUAAUAUGUUUUCUGACUUUUUUCAAUCUGUUUUCGAAUCUUCUUCACCCAGACUUAAAGAGUGGCAGCCUCCUGAUCAUUUCAGUAAUGACGAUAUUCUCUUAACCAAUCUUCGGCUAAGUGAAACUGAUAUCUUGAAAGAGUUGCAGUCAUUGGAUACUUCAAAAGGUCCUGGACCGGAUGGCCUUCCACCACUGUUAUUUAAUAGAACUGCUAAAUUUAUUUGCCGGCCCCUAUGCAUAAUCUACAAUAAGUGUUUAGACGAGGGAGUAUUCCCUGAAUUGUGGAAACGUGCUAACAUAACUCCUAUCCACAAAAGUGGCCCUAAACAUGUCUGUGAGAAUUACAGACCUAUCUCCAUCUUAUGCACACUAGCGAAAUUGUUUGAACGGCUGGUUCACAAUAUAGUCUACCCAAUUUUACAUAAAGCCAUAAUCCAGGAGCAGCACGGUUUUGUCAAACAAAGAUCUACUGUAUCAAAUUUAACUGUUUUUACUAAUUUUCUUUUUGAACAAAUGGAUCGUGGCGUACAGGUUGAUGUGGGUUACACGGAUUUCAAAAAAGCUUUUGACAAAGUUGACCAUGAACUGCUUUUAAACAGGAUAGCUUACAAUGGAAUCCGUGGAAAUUUGCUACGUUGGUUUGAAUCGUAUAUCUCUAAUAGGUCUCAAAGCGUUGUCGUCAACGGAUAUCAAUCCAAGAGAGUUUUGAUCACCUCCGGGGUCCCUCAGGGAUCGAUAUUGGGGCCUUUGUUAUUCAUAAUUUUUAUUAAUGAUAUAAAACAAUGCUUUCAUCACUCUAACUUUCUACUAUACGCAGAUGACCUCAAAGUUUUCAAGGCAGUUAACAGUAUAAAUGACUGUCUCGAGUUACAACAAGAUCUUGAUAGGCUCUCUAUCUAUUGUCAUAAUAGCAAAUUACAGUUGAGCAUCAGUAAGUGUAAUACAAUAACAUUUACAAAAAAACUAAAUAAAAUAGCGUUUAUUUAUAAAUUGAAUGACACAGCCCUAACUAAGGUGUCGACCGUGAGGGACCUGGGUGUUCAUUUGGACUCUAAACUAUGUUUGGAUAGACACGUAGAAAACAUUGUAAAUAAUGCUUUCAAAAUGUAUGGCUUCGUUCUUCGUUCCACUACGGAAUUCAAACGAACCUCCACAUAUCUGUAUCUGUAUAAAACUCUUAUUCGCUCCCAACUAGAAUAUGCUGUGCCCAUAUGGAAUCCAUAUUACAACAAAUAUGUUGAUGCUAUUGAAAGAUUGCAGAAGAAGUUCUUAAAUGCCAUGCAUUACAGGCUAUUCAAGCGCUACCUUCCCUAUCCUUUGUUACUUAAUAAAUACAACAUGCUCACACUUAGUGAUAGACGGAGGUACCUUGAAGCUUGUACCCUACAUAAAAUAGUAAAUAACCUUUUUGACUGUAACGAAAUUGUGAAUAAAUUGCGCUAUAUUGUACCUAGGAAUGCUAUUACGAGGAAGGUUCGCUCUCGUCCCCUGUUUGCAAUUAAUACAUGUCGCACUAACAGUGGACUAAGAGCCCCCCUUCGUCGCAUGAUGGAAUCGUAUAAUAAUAACUUUGUAGAUAUAGAUGUUCUUGCAUGCAGUUUAUCUAAAUUUAAAAAUCUAAUCUUUAAAAGAUUAACUCUUUUGUAAUUCUCUCUCACUUAGUAAUUGUAAUAAUUGUUUUCUUUUGUUUGUUUAAUCUUCUAUUACCAUUACUAUUUCUUUUUCUUUUUUAAUUAUUAAUGUAACUAUUUAAUUAAACACACUUUUAUAUUUUUAGUUAGCAGCCCACACUAUAAUUGUUAAGCUGAGAAUAACGUUGUGGGCUACAUUAUCAUUAACUCUUUGUAUUAUUACUAUUUAUAAGUACACAUAAUGUAGCUGUUAGUUAUUCCCAAUAAAUAAAUAAAUA